CUCUCUACUUUUCCCGAACACUUUACUCUCUUUUCACAACCACUCUUAUUACCUCUUUCUAUUCGUUUUUUUUUGUAGUGUAUUUUGAAGAACUCUGAAGAAAUAACAAUGUCUCUAUUCAAUUUGAAAUUGGCAUUUAUGAUUGUGGCUGCAUUGUUGUUGAGCACUACAAUGGCUCAAUCUCCAGCUUCAUCUCCAACGAAAUCGAAGUCACCGAGAAAAGCGAUUUCUCCUACACCAGCUGCCGUGACUCAACCACCUGCUUCUUCUCCCGCCAACGGAGGUUCUCCUCCUGAACAAUCGGCAUCUCCUCCGGCGAUCUCUCCGUCUUCAAUCUCUGGUCCACCAUCUGAAGCACCAGGACCUGCUUCCGGCGGUGUAGUUUUGAACAGAGUCUCUGUUGCUGCUGGAUCUGCGCUUUUAAUUUUCGUAACUGCUUUGGUCAUGUAGACGGAGUUCUUCUAUGCAUUUUUUUAUUUGUUAUUUAAUUAUUUAAACUUAUAUGAAUCCAUUGAUUUUAUUGAUUCA